AUGGCGCCGCUGCGGACCGUCGGAUCGUCGUCUACGAGCACUCUCCCGCUAAUCAACGCCGGCCACGUGUCCUCCAUCUGGCACGACAUCCUCCUCAUUCCGCCUCCCCCGUCUCCCGCGAACGGAUUCUCCUCCCCCUCCCCGCGCCACCCCGGUCCCCCCUUCCCCGCCUGCACCUUCUCCUUCGUCUGCCGCUCCGCCAAGUCCCCGUCCGGCGAUUGCGGGAGCCGAAAGCUUCGUCGCCGCGACGACCCCCUUUUCUUGCGUGAAAAGCGGAAGGUCGUGUUGGGCCUAGACGGCAGUCGUCGCUCCCCCAAUCCCUGCCUCGGCGCCUCCUCCUCUCUUUCAUUUGCAGAAGCAGCGGAAGAAGAAGCGCAGGAAAGACCCUCCGGACUCCAAGGCUUGAGAACCAAGAGCCUGGAGAGGGGAGCGUGGGGCGGCGGAAGCGGAGGAGGCGGAGGAAGCGGAGGAGGAAGAGCCCUGAUUCGAAUCUCCAGAAUCGGCGGCCGAGAUUCGAUGAUCGGACACGUGACGCUAGGAGCGGAGGAAACCGAAGAGGAGGAAUGGGGAAAGUCUGGAAGAAUAGCUGAGGAAGCGGAGGAGGAUCAAGCAGAGCAAGCAGCCAGGCAAGCCAGAGAGGCAGAGGAGGCGGAGAAAGCAGCAGAGAAAGCGAGGGAAGCGGAGCAAACGGUGCUGUACGCUCACAGAACGUGGCGCAUCCUCUGCCCCACGCUGCGCCGCCCCGUUCUGAAACGCCUCGGCAGCUCUCACCUGCUUGAGAAACAGAGGCAGCAGCAGGAGCAGCAGCAGCAGCAGGAGCAGAAGCAGCAGGAGCGGCAGAAUAGGCUUUUCCGCAGCCCCCCUGUGCCUUCAUGCCAUUCUGCCGUGAAGGAGGAAGCAGAGGAGAAGAAGGAGGAGCAGGAGGAGGGCAAGAAGGAGGGGGAGGAGGAGGAGUGA